AUGUCUGAAUCUGUCCUCACCGAUUAUUCCUCGCUCAGCGCGUUCCUCCAUCGCAGCGAGAGUGACCCCCGACCGGUCGUUGCGAUGACCUGCGGCGUUGCAGGUUCUGGGAAGUCGUCGGUCUCUAAAUGGAUCACAUCCAACCACCCCUCGUUCAAACGUCUGUCAAUUGACUCGUACAUCUACACCAAGUACGGCCUUUACGGCGUCGACUAUCCCAAGGACAAAUACAACGAGUUCCAGGAAGAGGCUGAGCCUGCCCUUCGAACAGAACUGGCGCAGUUACUUCAGCAGGGCUCCCAGAACAUCAUCCUCGAUUUCUCCUUUGCAUUCCAGGCCACCCGCGACGAGUGGAAGGCCCUGGUCGAGGGCGCAGGAGGCCGGUGGGUGCUAAUCUUCAUCGAAGUCGAUCCAGACGAGCUGCGGCGGCGAGUCAGAGCAAGGAACCAGCUGGCCGUGAAAGACGGCGAUUCGGCAUUUUUUGUGACAGAGCAGGUUCUAGAGAGCUUCAUCGCAGGCUUCGAGCGGCCAAUUGGGGAGGGCGAGGUUGUUUUACGGCUGGAAAAUGAGGCUGUCUAA